CAUGUUGAUGAUGGUAAUGCUGCAGCAGCCUCAGGGAAUACAUACUUACAGUUCCUAUGCAAUAUUAUUUCUCUCUUUAAUAUUUUCAUAACAGCUUUACUAGUAUAUUUGCAUUUGUUUAAAAGAAAAUAUUUGCUAAGUCAUUCAAUACAAAGUUGCAUCAAAUACUAAUAAGAAAUGUUUUUUUUUUUUACCUUUACAAUUUUUCUCUGGUACAUCGUCAUAUUAUCACGGCUGUGUCUGCAGUUUAGGUAUUGGGAAACAGCUACACAGUCUUGCAAGCUAGAAGGUAUGCAAGUAGAUGACUGACUGUUGGAGCAGCUGGCACAUUUAAAUAAGUAAAUAUAGUGGUGAUUGGUUUUCCUUUUUUUUUUUUUUUUCUUAACAGAAGCAAAAACAUUUUUUGAGGUGAAGAGAAGAUGAGGUGGAAGGAUUGUCAUCAGAUCAAUGACAAUAAAAGAAUGGAAAAGGACAGACAACUGCGGUUGGGUUGUCCAGUUGUACUGUUAGGAGGAUUUUGGGGAAAGAAGAGAAGAAACCCCUGAAAUAUGGCUAAGGGAUUAUGCUAUAGGGAGAGAAAAAGAGGAAAGCAAAGUCUAGUCACAUCAAUGUCUGGGAGCUUUGUCAUAGCCUUACGUGAGGUCUGGACUCUUCCUUUGGGUUUGAAGGAAGUCCAAAGGGAGAAGGGAAAAGAAAGUAGGCUUAGAGGGAUGUAGGAAAGUACUAUAUGAUCUCAGUGUAGUGGUAGUCUGGAAGUGGCAAAAGAUGCAACAAAACUUGGAGGAGGCCAGUGACUGUGACCCUUAAGUAACUCACUGAUCACCAGCAUGGAAGUUAAAACCAGCAAAGGUCAUUUGAAAGUCCAUAAAAUGAAGAAGAAGGUAUUGAGGAAGCAAGUCAGAGCUCAGCAUACAUUGAUGAGACAUGAGGGCAUUGAAUGUAUCUCCCAUCCCACACAGAGCCUGGUUAUUGCCAAUGCUGGUCUUGGUAAUGGGAUGAGUAGACAGCAGCUGCUCAGAAUAGUAGAAGAAUAUGGAUUGGUGGAAACACUCUUAAUGCCACCGAAUAAACCAUAUUCAUUUGUGAAAUAUGGGACAACAGAAGAAGCCAAGAAAGCCUUUGAUGCCCUUAAUGGAAAAGAAGUAACACUGGAAGACUUUGGCCAAAACAUUGUUCUAUAUAUUAAUUUUGUGGAAAAAGUUUUCUGGCAGAAUGCUGUUCCUACAAGCUUGCCUCCAGGCCUAAUGGUCAUUGAAAAGAUUAUUUCUCCAGAGGAGGAAAGGAGGAUGUUGGAAAGUAUUGACUGGAUAGGAGAUGAAGAUACUCAAAAUGCCCAGAAGACUUUAAAGCAUAGAAGAGUAAAACAUUUUGGAUAUGAGUUUUGCUAUGAUAACAACAAUGUUAAUAAAGACAAACCUUUACCUGGAGGUCUUCCUGAAAUUUGUGACCUGUUCUUGGAGAAGUGCUUGAAGCAGGGUUAUAUCGAACAUAAACCUGAUCAACUGACUGUAAAUCAGUAUGAACCUGGACAAGGAAUUCCUCCUCAUAUUGAUACACAUUCCGCUUUUGAGGAUAAAAUAAUCUCUCUCAGUUUAGGAGCUGAGAUUGUGAUGGAUUUCAAACACCCUGAUGGCCAUACAGUGGCAAUUAUGCUGCCCCGAUGCAGUUUAUUGGUGAUGGCUGGAGAAUCCAGAUACCUGUGGACGCAUGGGAUUACACCCCGAAAAUAUGAUAUCAUUCAAGCAUCUGAGCUUGGGCAAAAAGUUGGAACAAUCACUGCUGAUGUUGGAGAUUUGACACUAAAUCGCAGGGAAACAAGGACAUCAUUUACAUUCAGGAAAGUGAGGAGAAGCCCUUGCAAUUGCAUUUACCCAUCUGUCUGUGACAGCCAGAAAGGACAGCAAAGACAGGUACAACCUUCAUUUCCCCACAAUGACAUGGAGGCCUCGAAGCUGGAGCAAGAAUACGUACACAAGGUGUAUGAAGAAAUUGCCACACACUUCAGCAGUACCAGGCAUAGCCCAUGGCCCCGAAUUGUAGAGUUUCUCAGGUCCCUACCAAAAGGGUCAAUAGUAGCUGAUGUUGGUUGUGGUAAUGGGAAAUAUCUAGGCAUCAACAAGGAUUUGUACAUGGUUGGCUGUGAUCGCAGCAAAAACCUGGCGGAUAUUUGUGGAGAAAAAAAUUUCCAGGCUUUUGUCUGUGAUGCCCUGUCGGUGCCAAUCCGCAGUGGUUCUUGCGACGCCUGCAUCUCUAUUGCUGUAAUCCACCAUUUCUCAACAGUGGAGAGGAGACUGGCUACCAUCUGUGAACUAGCCCGGCUUCUAAGACCUGGUGGAACGGCACUCAUUUAUGUCUGGGCAAUGGAACAAGAAUACAAAAACCAGAAGUCUAAAUACCUUAAGGAAAAGAAUGAUAGUAAAGACAAAGAGGAGGAAAUCAAUAUUGGCGGAGUCCAGAGACCACUUAGCGAUCAAAUGCCUGAUAGCAGCAGCCAAGACUCAGCAUGUUCUGACCGACUUCUUAAUGACUUGAACGAUGAAGGCUGUGCUGCAAAGUUAGUAGCAGACUCCAGACUGCCUGUUCACACUAACCGAACCUCCUUUCACUCUCAAGACUUGCUAGUUCCCUGGCACCUGAAAGGUGGCACUAAAAAGAAAGGGGAAAGCAUUGAUACAGUGUCGUCUCCAGCUGGCUCCAAGGAAUCACAAGAGCUCAGCCCUGUUUUCCACCGCUAUUACCAUGUGUUUUGUGAAGGGGAACUGGAAGCAGCAUGCAGAUCCCUGGAUUGUGUGAGGGUUCAAAAGAGUUACUAUGAUCAGGGAAACUGGUGUGUGGUUCUAGAAAAGUUGUAGCCUGUGGUGUUUCCUCCACUAUCUGUGGCGUUUUGUUUGUUUUUUACAGCAUGAAAGGUAUUUUUAAUGCAGGCUACAGCUAUUACCCUCUUUUAAAAUAGCAGAAUAAAGAUUGUUUAUUGAGUUAAUAACAGUAACUAGCACUUUGUGCAUAUGUUAACAAAAUAAUGGCCAAACUUGGAUACUACCUCUGCACAGCAUUUAUUUCACUCUUUUGAAUUACAGCAAAGAGGAUUAAGUAGGAAAAUACUGCCCAUGGAAAUCAGUAAGGCCAGUGUUGAGCUUUUAAAGAAAAAGGGCCUGGUUCUCCCUUUUCUUACACCAGUUUAUGCUGGUGUAGCUGUAGUGGCCUCCCUGCAGCCCACAGCUAAUUGGAAUGGAGCUCUGGGCAGGAAAAGUAAAGCUGUUUGCUGUAUAAAACUGUGGGUCAGGGAGGAGGGAAUGAAUGGCAUGUGAAGGAGUUUAGCUGAAGAGUCAAAACAUUGCCUGAAGUUCAGGCCAGCCUGUUUUGGUGUCUGUCAGGGGUCACAGAUCUCUUUCAGUUUGGAAUUUACUCUCUUGGUCAUGGUAAUAAUGAUUUCCUCAAGGGGAACUGGAAAGCCAGUGGGGAUACCACAGCCCUUUUUCUCUUCCUUCACCCUCAAGCACCCACAGUUCAUGCUGUCACUCCCCAGAUUUCUCUAGGUCUUCAUUGUAGUGUUGUUUGAAAGCUCCUCUGAGGUGUCAGUUGCCCAGCUGGAAUACCCUGAUGAGUUCUGCUAAAUGCCUGCCUUCCUGUGAGUGCAGGGCUCUGUGCCUGUAGUACCAGGGCUCAUGGUGUGGAGUGACAGCGCAGAUGCCCCUAGAAGAAAAAAAAAAGGAAAAAGAUUAAAGUGAAUGCAGUAUUGGUGCAAGUUUUCUGCAGGGUAGUUUCAACGCCUAAAUUUUGGCAGUGGAACAAGUUUUAUUUAUUGUACUUCAGAAGAACAAAAAACUGGACUGGAGGGGAACUGAUGCUGGGCUGGCUGACUCACAGCAGCCAUUGCUGCCGUUGCCUGCAAUGACUAGCACAAUUUAUUUAACACAGCUCUUGUGCUGUCAAAGGAGUGUGCUACCUGGAAUGCAUUUCCAGAAUUAAAAUAUAAUGGACUGGCUUUUGCAGGGUGAGUGGCUGUUGGUGCCACUAGAAGCCAGUACUGCUAGGCUAUGCCCUCAUUGCACUUCUCAUUGUUUCAUUGCCUGUAGUUGUAGCAAGAUCUGUGCUAUAGGCAGGUCAUUGUUGCUGUAACUAAUGGCAUCUAAACUGAGGUGCCCGUCCUGAAUCAUGUGGGGACUUGGAGGGCAGCUGUGUGCCGUUGGCCUACUCCUGCCUGCCUCAGACUUGCAGGUUAGAGGCUGCUGUGCUGGCAGCCUGCUCCCAGUCACCAUUUCUCCUAGACUCUGCCAUUUUCCCCCAUCAUAUAAUGGAAGAAAUCUGAGGGGAACGACAGUGGUAAGAGAGGAGCUUGCUGCCACCACAAUUCAUCUGGCCUGUGCCUGGCUCACUAUCUGCUUCCAAAGAACCCUUGGGGAAGAAGAUCUCAUUCCUCAGCUGCAUAUGUUGUCCAUGUAGCAGCAGCCCUGUGCUAGCUGAUUUCUUUUCUUUGGGCGACAUGGAGGUAUGUCCAUGGCAGAUGACCCUUCUCAGGCAUGUUCAGGAGUUGGUUUGCACACAGUCAGUAAAUACCACAUAGCGUUGGAUUUCCCAUACAUGUGUGGUUUGGCUCUUCUGGUAUUGCGGCAGCUGGUGAGUUUAUGCAGGAGGAGCCUUCCUGCUUGAUAACAUCUGUGGUCAGGCUUUUGGGCGUUGCUGAUCCAGACCUAGUGAUGUGAGCAGGCCCUUGUGUCAGGAGAGACACAGUGCUGGAAAGUGAAGACCUUAACACUGAUGGUUGGUUGUGCAGUUUCUAUUGCGGGAGCAACUCACUGAACAGUGCUCUGGGUGUGCAGGCACACAGGGGAAGGCAGUUGUCACUCCAAGACUUGAUUUAAGCAAGAAAGUCCAAGACGAGAAGCAGAAACUGAGUCCAAAGAAUGAAGUAAACUGGUUCGUGCCAUAGGCAGAGAUGGGAAUGUGAUCCAUUCCCCGACUGCAUUGCAGGAUCAGGCACUACUCUAAUCUUAAAGCAUUACAGCAUAGCAAACUGUUCAUUUCUCACUUCCAGGCAACUGUGUCCUCCCUGCCCUUGCCCAGGGUGGGGCUUCCCCACACUGUAGGAGUGAGAGGGGCUAAUCAUGGCUCUUGCAGUCAGUAUGGAGGUUCCCAUACACUAAAGUGUAGCCUGUGGGCAGUGAUCACACGUGUUUGAUAUUCAGUAGGGCUGGUACCUGUUCUCUGGCUCUGCUUUUUGCUCCUCCUCUGCCCCUUGUUUGGCUCUUACCAAUCAUUGUUUUUGCUGUCUCCUAUUUUCCUCCUAUUCCUUUGGCCUAGAGGGGAACUUGCUUGUCCUUGCUUCUUCUCACAGCUGACAUGCAACAGGCAGAGGGUGGCUCUGGGAAGACAUGCAGGAGGGUGCUAUGCUGAUAGUUAUCAUGAGUAAAUGGCAACACUGAGUAAUAUAUUUUCAAACUAAGAAAACUUAAGAAAGCAAAUCAACUGUGAGACUUGGGUUGUUAUUUUACUUUUACUUGGCAUUACAUACUGCUGAGAAACCUGCCUACCAGUUAUUAAGACUCCAUCGUGUUUUGCAGGGGUGCCCCAGUGUGCUCUCUCCCCUCUGGGACACUUCCCAGAAAGUUGCAUUUCCCACUGGGGACCGGUUUUCAGAAGGGCCCUGCAUGACAGUUUUGCAUCGAGGGCCAUGAGCUGGCUUCAGUACUGGGACACUGUGUUUGGGUGCAGCAGUGCACCCACCUCCCAGGUGGGCCGCGGGACUGGAGCUAGCCCGGAUGGCUCCCUGGCGCAGUGCCACAUGGUGUCCAUGUGUCACUGGUGACAGAAGGCAAGGACAGCCUCUGCUGGGUGUCUGUGCAGUGACUAACUCACUAAAUUGGGUUGCCUGUUAUUUCUGAUUACUGUGGAUUGUGUUAAUGUAGAAGAAAGUAGGAGGACUGUAUCUUUUACGCUCUUUAUCUGCAUGGUCAUGUGUUUGUCGAUGCCUGGAUUCCUGCUGAGCACACAGCAGCUGCUGUUACGUUUCCCUGUAGGUGCAUUUUCCAUAAGGAUAUACAACAUGCUGGCAAGAAAUGCAAGCACGGCUUGAAACAGUCCAAAGUGUUGCCGUAUCUUGACAUUGUGUGACAAAUUAGGAAUCAGGUCUGCAGUAGCGCUCGACUACUCAAUGUACUCUUGUUCUGGAUGGGGAGAGCUCAGAGGUGCUGCCUCCUCUGAGCUGGGCAUGGCGUUAAGCACUGUUCUAACCAAGUAGGCAUAAACCCAGUUGAAAGACAUAAAACAGUUGAAUGUGGACUUCAUGUAACAAAGUCAUCUGUUUUUCUCAGGCCCUGUGGGUCCCCUAGAGCUCUGCUUCUUCCCUCCGCUUCCCUGGCAGAGGCAGCAUUAGGCAGUGUCUGGUGUCGCAUUAAGCAUUUCUUGAUUGCCAAGGCUGAUUAACAUAAUUUUUUGACUGCUGCAUAAAUGAAGCGGUCAGAUUCCCUCUUUCACCAGUUCUACGGUGAAGCACCUUGGAUGUCUGAGAGAAGAAUUAGACUUUGCUAUCAGCCUUUGAAUACCAUCGGUAUUCCUGCUGCAAGGUAUUCCUUUCAGCCAACUGCUUUUAGCUAAGUCACAGCAGCAUUUCCCAUCCAUUUCACCCUGACCCAGAGCAGACAGUGUUGCUCUCCCUGUCCCAGGCAGCCCAGCAGUGAUGGGUCUCAGCUGGUCCUGGUUCUUGCAUGGAGAAAACUGGCUUAGGCAAUGCUGAUGUGUGGGUCGAACAUGCAGUAUAUAACGCAUUACCAAAGACAGUUUUCCCGGCAUUCCCGAGGGCUGUGAGCCGGAGGCUGGUCCCGGGAGUAUGUCAGCUCUUCAAAGACAUUAGAAGAGUUGAAAGAACUCUGAUGUGCUCAGAGGCCUGGAAACAUUAUGAAAUAUUGCUUUGAUUAAAGUCAGGCAGUCUCUUCAGAUGCUCGAAGAGGAAUCAAGUGGUGAAGGAGAAAAUGACAAGGGAGGACGGCAGGUAGGUGUUAACAAAAUGUAUUGCAGAGGUUUAUUGAGGAGCUCAUUACAACACAGAAUUAUGUGCCACCGUAGCUGCCCUCUGCAGUACUUGCUUGCCCCUUCUUACCUCCGGGAAGUGUAAUGAGCUGAAACUCUUGAAGGUCAACAAUGGGAUUUAAAUGUUACAGGUUUCACAGUGCAGUGGUCUUCAUAAUAAUUAUGUUCUUUUUUUUGGCCUUAUUUAAAUAACAAAUGUGCUUAAAUGGUUAUUCAUUUUCAGUUUAGAAGAUAAAGGGAAAGCAGAGCUCCAUGUGGGUAUGACCUGUGCUGUGAAUGCCAAUGCCUCUCCUGCAGCAGUCCUCUCCCGUGUCCCAGUCAUUUUCAGAGUGUCUCAGUGCACCCAGGAGUAGAGAGGUGGGAAUUUCUGCUGUGGCCCAAAUAUGACCCUUGGUUUAGCCCUGGGCAUGUGCAGGCAAAUGUCUGGUGGUGUGACCAGAGGUGGCUGUUUGUUUUGGGGGUCACUGUCCCCCUUGUUCCCAGCCUUCUGUUCCAGGGACCACCAGGUCACUCCACCUGACCCUGCAUCAGACAGACCUGUCUGCUGAUGUGUUGCACUGUCCUGCCCUGACAAAACAAGUGCUUCAGAGCAUUUGUGGGCUUAAAGCUGAGUACACAGUGAUUUGUUGUCCCGGGGGCAGACAAAAAAUGAAACC